AUGCAAGUAGGUUGUGCAAAAGUAAAGGCUUUGGUUGACAACAAGAGACCAGCAAAGCAGCCACAUAUGAGGUAAAAAGAUUUCAAAGAAUAGCUCUUUCGGAAAAGAGAGAUGUAGAUCGAGAACAAUCAUCUCGUUGCUAAGAUUCUUCAAGUCAAAUCUACUAAUCCUAUAGCUGAGGAACGUAGAAAAGACACUUCAUUUUAUAUGAGCAACAAUUCUAAGCAGUUUAAAGUCAAAGAUAAUGGACAGUCAUACUCACCCACACGCAGAUCACUUAACUCACUUAACUUCAUUCAAAGAAAGAAUAAUCUUGAAAAGAUCAUGCAGGAAAACAUCUAUAUGAUGAAAAAGAUACAUUUCGCUUAGCCAUCAGUUUAGUAUACAGAGCAUCUUCAGCAUUAGCGAGAAGUUAAGAAGCUAAAGAAGUUGGUACAGUAUAAUUCACUAAGAUAAUCAAUGAUAACUUCCGUUAGAAACUUCUUCAGUGGAUAUGAGAAUAUGAACAGCUUAGAUGAUAGAGCCAUGAAAAGAUUAAAGACUGCCUAGUCAUAAAUGACUAGCAACGGUAUGUUUCUCGACCACUAGCAUAGAGUGAGCUCAGUGCCAUUAAGCAGAAGGAAAAAGAGAAGAUUGAUCUAAUCAUUAGAUGUAACUUCUAAUAAUGAUUAGCAAAGAUAAACAGAGGGAGAAAGUCCCUUGAUUCUUAUAAAUCAAGCUAAUGUAUUACCUCAGAUUAGCAAUAACGAAAACAAUAUGAGCUAAUUGCAAAACUAAGAGAACACAGAAAAUUAACUAUAGUACUAGCAGUACUAAGAUGGAAUGUAAAUGAAUCAAACAGUAAUUUAAAGUCAUCCUUAUCAAAACACAUUCGCUCAGUAUGGAGCUUACAAUAUAACUUCACAAGGUACAGUGAGUAAUAUCACUGGCAGUGGACAUAUUAGACCAGUUUCUGCUACUUUAAGUUAAAUUAAAUAUUGGAAGUAAAUGCAGUCCUUAUAAAAUAGUGGGGGCCCCUUUGCUACUUUUAACUAAUCAUAAAAGAAGAUCAAAGCUGUACUGCGGUAAAGCCAGAAUGGACUUUAGAAUGUGAACAAAUCACAGUCAUAAAUUGAGUAACAGCUCAAUGGAUAAGAUAAAAGUAAUUUAUUGAGCGAGAGAGAAGAAAAAGAGGAAUAAGUGCAAUAAUAAUAAUAAGUGCAAAAUCAAGACUAAGAUUACAAUGAGUAGAAUUAAUAACAGCAACAGUAGUCUUUAAGUAAUUUGAAUCCGCUCGUAACUCAAUCAAACAAUGAUGGUAAAGAAAUGCUAUAAGAGGCAAAAUAACAUCUGUAUGUAGAUGGAAUUUUUUAGGCUAAUUAAGACUAGACUAAGAAUUCACAAUAAAAUAGAAUGCAAGAGAUAAAUGGCAAUAACUAAAUCUAAGAAAACAAUGAAGAGGCCUAAAAUGAUUAGCAAUAAGUAAAGAAACAGAAAAAGUAAAAGAAACAUAAAAAAACUAAAAGCAAUUAGAUUCCGAUGGACCAAUACUAACCAAAAAUAAAAAAGAAGAUGAUGUUUUUCUGA